AUGAAGCUCUCAAUAUUGUCGAUCUCUGCCAUUGCAGUGUCUGCAAAUGCUUCCGCUCUUUUGGAGAGCCGUCAAUCGAAUUGGACCGUCGGACAAACUGUUCAGACAAGCAGUGGACCAGUCGAUGGGCAUCCUAGUCUAAACAACUCGCAAGUUUCCGAGUACCUAGGUAUUCCAUUUGCCAAACCACCUGUCGGGGACUUGAGAUUUGCUGCACCAGUUGCAUACAAUGGUACUACGACUAUCAAUGGUACUAACUUUGGCUACACAUGUCCCGCACAAACUACCACUUACAAUGCUACCGUCAUCGCACAAUCAGAUGUUACUUCAACAGGAUUGGGAAUAUUGAGUCUACUUGGAGGCUUGACCGCACAAAGCGAGGAUUGCUUGACCUUGAACGUGUGGACGAAACCACAAACCGGCGAUUCGAAGAAGGCCGUAUUAAUGUGGAUUUAUGGAGGCGCGUUCAGUAGUGGAGCUUCUGCCACCCCCGCAUACAUCGGACAAUACAUUGUGGAACAAGAAGACGUAAUUGUGGUAACCUUCAAUUACCGACUAAAUAUUUUUGGGUUUUCUGGAAGCCCCGAUAGUCCUGCCAAUGUCGGACUCCUAGAUCAGAGAUUGGCCGUCGAGUGGGUUCGUGAUAACAUUGAGAAUUUUGGUGGCGAUGCAUCCCGUAUAACUCUGUUUGGACAAAGUGCCGGUUCAGCAUCGGUCGAUCUCUACAACUAUGCUUGGGUGCAAGACCCCAUUGUUGCUGGUUUCAUCCAAGAGUCUGGCACAGCACAGAGUUGGGGUAUGCCAAGUACAGCUGAAUAUGUCGCCACAGCCUGGUAUAAUGUGAGCGAAGCUUUGGGAUGUGGCGGCGCAUCCGCUAGUAACGUUACUAGUUGUAUGCGUACGAAAAACACAACGGAAAUACUCAGCGGGAUAUCGGUCACCACCGAUUCCCCUGGAUCUUUUGGUAUAUUAGGAAGCUUUUUGCCUACCGUCGACGAGAUUGUCGUAUUCUCCAACUACACUGAACGCUCCUUAGCCGGCAACUUCACAAGUAAGCCCCUAUUGAUUGGAAGCAAUGAUGAUGAAGCCGUUCUAUUCGUCACCGCAAAUGCGCUUCAAGGAGUCAGUACUUCCGAUGCAGCUGCGCAAGUUAUCAAUCUAAUUGGGUUCACUUGCCCAAGUGGUUAUCGCGCAAAUUACUCAACUCAAGCCAAUGUCAACACCUGGCGUUAUCGCUACUUUGGCUCCUUUCCCAAUACGAUGAUUGUUCCUAAUGCUGGUGCAUGGCAUGCCGCCGAAAUCCCCCUUCUUUUUGAUACAAACCUUGCCAACCCACCUGAGACAACCGAACAGAUAGCAAUCGGAAAAUACAUGCGUGGCGCAUGGGCUGCGUUCGCCAAGAAUCCUGAAAAUGGCUUGACUACCUACGGAUGGCCAAAAUACGACGCUGCAGAGGAUACGCUCAUUAGAUUGGCAUACAAUAAUCAGACUGGCACAAACGCUGCAAACCCAUCGUUAUACGAUGCGAAUUGUCCUACAACACCCGUUUUUAGCAUGAGUAUGGAUAACGCAACGUCAACUUCGACAGGGACUUCGACAAGCAGCUCGAGCUUAGGCUCCGCACCCUCAACUGUAACAACUUCCGAUGGAAUAAGUUUGGAAUCUGGGGUUUUGGGCCUGGUAUUGGCAGUGAUAAUAGGAUCGCAUUUCUUAUUGAAGGAGAUAAGAGCAAGUUUAAUCUUUCUUUAA